UUGAAUCAAAGGAAGCUCAAAGUUUUCUUAUAGUUUUCCUGGAAAGUUUACCCAAAGGUCUGGACAGUUCGUUCUAUUAAAAUUGCAGGUUGGAAAUCCAUCAUGCCGACGCCAGAUGGGGCGCCAAAGCCUUCUGAUACACCUAACAAAGAAAUGGAAGGCUUGGAAACAUGGCGAGAAGUGCCGCCGACGCACUACAUACUAAAAAUCGAGUCCUUCACUUCCCUUGUUGGAAUCCUUAGGAAAACUGGUCUUGACCAUUAUGAAUCAAAUGUGUUCAAGGCUAGUGGCCGAUCUUGGAUGUUGUUACUGUACCCUUGGGAAGACAAGAAAAGAAAUGGGAGUCAUUGUAUGUCUCUCUACUUGAAAUUAGUGGACUACAUUAAAGGCAAGAUUUAUAAAGCUCUUGUAAUCUUUUUUGUAUAUGACCAACUUAAGGGUAAGUACUGGAGCUUUCAAGACACGACGGUGAGGACCUUUCAUGACAUGGACGAAAGUGGAGUUUCCCAACUAGUGUCUCCCGAAUGUUUCGAAAAUGCUUCGAAUGGAUUCUUGGUUAAUGAUAGUUGUGUGUUUGGAGUGGAGGUUUUUGCUAUACAAAGUGGGAAUAAAGUGGAACGUUUUCGCACCCUACGCAAACAAAGUGAAAAGGUCUACAUUUGGAACGUGGAAAAGUUUUCUGAGUUGAAGGCAACAGGCCAUUUUUCAGAACCCUUCUCUGUUGGGGUUUUCAAAUGGAGAUUACACCUUUAUCCCAGGGGUAUCCCCAAGGCAAGGGGCAAGUAUCUGUCUAUUUACCUAUGUCUACACGCUGAGUCCGAACCUGAUCCCGGUUCUGGACAGAAAAACCAAGAUGACUCCAAAGGUGCUUCUGGUUCUGGAAAGAAAAAGCAGUAUAAUCCCCAACUUCCUUGUGGAAAGAAAAUGCACGUUGAAUAUAAGCUGUCUAUAAAUAAUCAAGGCAAAGAUAAAAAACCUGAGAAAAUGUCAAAAAGAGGGUAUGCUUGGUUUAGUGCCUUAGACACUGCUUGGGGCUUCCCAUACUUCACUAAUUUGGAUGAUCCGGGAUGGAGAUGGGGUGGCUUUAUUUUUCAGGAUGCUUUGCUAAUUGAAUUGCAAAUUAUUUCCAUGUCCCUGGAUACUGCAGGAGCAGGAGAUGAGAUGGAUAUUGACUUUCCAAGACAAAUACAUGAACAAAGAUAUUUCGCUUGAUCAUCAAUAGAUGUCAACUAGUUUUAUGUUUAGACAUUGUUAUACAAACAAUUCCAAUAUUCAAUUUAGCAAUUCCCCAAAUUA